AUGAAGGCGCUCAUUCUCAUAGGCGGAUAUGGAACCAGAUUGCGUCCUUUAACACUCAGUAUACCCAAACCCAUCGUGGAAUUUUGUAAUAGACCUAUGUUAUUACAUCAAGUUGAAGCCCUGAUGCAGGUGGAUGUGGACGAGAUAAUUUUAGCCAUCAAUCGUCAAGCCACUGCUUUAGAACCGUUUAUCAGGGAGUCCUGUAAAUCCGUCAUCCGAGACAGAGAUGUACGAAUUACUUUCUCCUAUGAAGACGAAGCUCUUGACACAGCUGGUCCGUUGGCUCAAGCGGCUGAAUAUCUUAGCUCAAGCAAAGAACCAUUCCUCGUUUUAAAUAGUGACAUUAUUUGCAGUUACCCUUUUAAGCAAAUGAUAGAGUUCCACCUUUCUCAUGGGCAUGAAGGCACCAUGGUGGUAUGUUUUGCGACUCCUGUUUAUUGCUUUUCAGGUGACCAAAUAUGGAGCUGUUGUUCACAACGACCAAACUGGGCGAAACCAACUUCGAUAGAAACAACUAUCUUCCCAGCAAUGGUCGCUGAGGGUGAACUUUAUUGCAUGGAAUUAGAAGGUAAGCUGAAUAUGACUGUGAUUCCAAAGCCUGAUCUGAAAAGUAUCAAGAGGUGUCAAAACGGCAAUCCAUUUAGGACCGGUGUCCAGUUUACCGGAUCACACCUUUUGGACGGAUUGCGAUGUUUUAGGUGUUCAAUAUACAUCGACGCCCACUUACACAACUACGGUGUGGGUGGGUGUGUUUUGUACGCUUCUUAA